AAUAGGAGCUCAAAAAUGGAAAACAAAGAAAUCAUCAAGCCAGCAACAACGCUCGAGGCCAACCAUAAAAGGUGAGACGCCUCCAAUCAGCAAAUACUACAUUAACCCCAACGGACACAAGUAGGCCUGCUCUUAGUUAAUUGCACACUAGCCAGAGAAAGAAAAGAGAGAGAGAGAAAAGGGGAGAGCAUGGAGCACCACAUGGAGAGCGCGCUGCGUCAGGGGUUGACGGAGCCGGAGCGGAGAGAGCUGGAGGGCGUGGUGGAGGAGCACCACACAUUUCCUGGGCGCGCCAGCGGGACGUGCACGUCCCUGGUCACGCAGCGCGUGCAGGCGCCGCUCGCCGCCGUGUGGGACAUCGUGCGCGGCUUCGCCAAUCCGCAGCGCUACAAGCACUUCAUCAAGUCCUGCGCUCUCGCCGCCGGCGACGGCGCCACCGUGGGCAGCGUCCGCGAGGUCACUGUCGUCUCUGGCCUCCCGGCCUCCACCAGCACCGAGCGCCUCGAGAUCCUCGAUGACGACCGACACAUCCUCAGCUUCUGCGUCGUCGGCGGCGAGCACCGCCUCCGCAACUACCGCUCGGUCACCUCCGUCACCGAGUUCACGGACCAGCCUUCCGGGCCGUCCUACUGCGUCGUCGUCGAGUCCUACGUCGUCGAUGUACCAGAGGGCAACACCGAGGAGGACACCCGCAUGUUCACCGACACCGUGGUCAAGCUCAACCUCCAGAAACUCGCCGCCAUCGCCACCACCACCUCCUCCCCACCGCCGUUGGAUGGGCAAAGCUGAUCAUCGGUGAUUCAUUGAUUGAUCGUUCUUGGUUUCUCCAUGCCAGGUCCCGGUUGCAUGCAAUUCAUGCAUUGUGAUGCUUUUCUGUUUUCUUUUCUGCGCCAAAAAAGAGAGAAUUUAAUGUUAUUGAGGUUCUGAUGGGUGAUGACAUCGAAAGAGGAUGCAAGUUGGUGUUAUUUUCCGUUUUCGCUUUUUGUAUGUAUAUUCCAUCGUUAUCUUGCAAUGUCAUCAUGUUAUCACUCUU